AUGAGUGUUCCUGGGAAGAAAGCCAGGGAUCUGGUGGAACUGUACCGGGUCAGCCUGGAGUACCGGAUUGAGCAGGGUGACUGGAACCUGAUAUGCAGAGAUGAGGAACUGUGUAAGGAGGUAGAUGGACUGCUGAGGGAUGGCUGUGCCCUGGACACACACUCCUUAUUUGGGCUGGAACCCCUCAGUGUGAUGGAGUACUCAGUCAAGAAAGCACCAUAUGCCUCAGGCCAAGUCAGAUUGACGGGGCUGGCUAGAGCUUUUUAAGUGCUGGAACUGGCAGCCCUCAACCUGUUCUUGUGUCCCUGGAGAAAGGAAUAGAGUGGUAAAGGUAUGCUAAUUUGGGGCAGCUGUAUUGGAUAUAUACCUGACUGAUGAGCAAUUUAUAAUCUUGAUUUUCAUCACUAAUGUUUUGGCUUCAACUGUGUGAAAGGGACUUUGCCUUUGUCCAGAAAAUUAUUUGUACUGUCUACAUUUUAAUAGCAAUAAAUCCUCCCUCCUUCCAGAUGUUCUCAGGCAUGUUCACACAUUACAUCAAGCCCGCGUUGUCCAUGCAGCAGGUGGCAAAUAUUUUUGGGUUGCUUGGAUACCAUGCUUCAGAGGUCAGACGGUGUGAAGCGCUUAGGCUGCGUUCCCCAGCCCUUCCAGUGGACAUCCUCCUCCACCUGUCCUGUGCUUUCUUCGCUGCAUGCUGUGAGUGCCUCGUCCUGCAGUCUGCCAUAGAGCCCCAGGCCAGAGGGGUGGAGUGGGAGCUCAACCUGGUACAGGAGAGACAGCAAGGUCACAGCCUGCAGAUAGCGCUGGAUAACACCAAGAGAAGGUUAGAGACCAUACCACUGGAAGAUGACAUUCUGGACUUGGAUCUGUACACAGCAGAGGAGUUUCAUGUGUAUAAAGAAGUUGGGUUUGACAGACAUCCUCUCUGUUCACCAAUCGGGGAGGCCCGCGGCAACACAUCCCCAUCCAUUACAAGGGACAGCAAUGGGGUUUCCUCUCAAAGCGAGAAUGUCUGUGUCUCCACACUGAGCUGCCAGUUAGUGCCAACCAGAAACGCCAGCAAGCAAAGUCCAAAUAAAGAGUUGGCCAAAUCAGUGUGGAUAGUGUGGAUUCACACUCGCUGUCUGCACAAGCAUCCAGGGGACAGUCAGAUCUGCAGCUGCAUGAAGUCCUACUCUAGUCUAGGCGUAUCUGUCCAACAUUGCAAGAAUUGCAAUACCUUUCAUAGCGUGAGCUGUCCCCUUCUGGAUAUGUGCAAAGAAGAGGGCCAUAAAGUAAAACAUAGUGAUGGUGACAGUCCUACAGGAGCAGAGCGAGAGCAGUGGAUUAUUACCAAGGCAAGGAAGCCCUAG